CUGGCUCCGCUCCAGCCAGACCUGCCCGCCGUCCAGAGCCCACAGCCCGUCGCCUCCACUGUGCGCACACUUGGCCACGGGACAGAAGCCAGGGCGUCGCCAUGCAGCCGGGCCUCCUCUUCUGCCUGCUGCUGCUCAGCCUGCAGGCGGCCGGCCUCCCCCAGCACCAGCAGCCCCGGAGGACAAAGAAGAGAGUCAGGGAGCUGCCCAUCGCCAGCACAGCGGCCCCCAGUAGCCAAAACUUCACCUUUGACCUCUACAGGGCCUUGGCGGCAGCCGGCCCCAACCAGAACAUCUUCUUCUCUCCUCUGAGCAUCUCCAUGACCCUCGCCCUGAUCUCCCUGGGGGCUCGGUCCCACACGAAGGCCCAGAUCCUGGAGGGCCUGGGCCUCACUGUCCAGGGGGCCCCCGAGGAGGCGGCGCUCCACAGAGGCUUUCACCACCUGCUGCAGGCGUUCCGCCAGCCCAGAGAGGACCUCCAGCUGAGCCUUGGCAACGCCCUGUUUGUCGAGCCCACGGUGCCCGUCCAGGACACCUUCCUGAGUGCCGUGAAGACGCUGUACCUGGCAGACACUUUUCUCACCAACUUCAGUGAACCUGAAGUAGCCAAGAAGCAGAUCAAUGAUUAUGUGGCCCAGCAGACUGGAGGCAAGAUUGUGGACUUGGUUAGCGAACUCGACAGCUCUGAGAUCAUGGUUAUGGUGAAUUACAUUUUCUUUAAAGCUAAGUGGCAGACAAGCUUUGACCCCAAAAACACCCGAAAGCUGGACUUCCACGUGACCUCAGAGACCGUGGUGCAGGUGCCUAUGAUGAGAUGCGAGGAUGAGUAUUACUACUACCUGGACCGAAACCUCUACUGCAGGGUUGUGGGAGUCCCCUACCAAGGAAAUGCCACAGCUCUCUUCAUCCUCCCCAACGAGGGCAGGAUGGAGAAGGUGGAGGCUGGACUGAACCAGGAGACACUGAGGAAGUGGCUCAAGAAGUUCACAAAGAGAAAGCUCUACCUUUACCUUCCCAAGUUCUCCAUGGAGGGCUCCUAUCAGCUGCAGAAAGUCCUCCCCAUGCUAGGGAUCAGAGACCUCUUCACCAUGCAAGCUGACCUGACCGGAUUCACCGACCACCCUAACAUCCAGGUGUCUAAGAUGGUGCACAAAGCCAUGGUGGAGGUGGACGAGUCGGGGACCAAAGCAGCUGCAGCCAUGGCGACGAUAGUUGCGUUCCGGUCGGCCUUCCAGCACUCUCCGGUGGUGUUGUUCAACAGGCCCUUCCUGAUGGUGAUUGUGGAGAACACUGAGAACAUCCUCUUCCUGGGCAAAGUGACCCAGCCUUGAGGUGGGGGUUUCUCCUGACAGGUCACAGGCCUCGGCCUCUGCAGUGGGAGAGGUGGGUGCGCAAUGGCCUUCGAUCUGCUGAGAGCUAAUGAUUUACACUGGUGUGGCUGACUAACGAGACUUUCGCUAAGUAUAAUGGUAGCCUUGAUACACUGAUGGUUGCUUCUUUUCACACAAGCACAAGGCCCGGGUGCCGUGAAGAACCCUGGAGAACAUUUGGUCUUGCCCUCACCUUUCUUCAGUGGAGACUAGCUCUGAGGCCCAGAGAGUUUGGUUGACUUGCCCAAGGUCACAUAGCAUGUUAGUGGCAGAGAGAAGCCCACACCCCGGACCCCUCAUUCCCAGCCCAGUGCCAUAAAGCUCUAUAGGAAGAUUGUUCCAGUAGGUAUUUCCACCAGGACGUGGACUUCCAAGCCUCAUCCCCCACUUGUCAGCAAUAUGAGCUAUCCAUGUAUUAUGGUUUAGAAAGAACACUGGAAUGGGAGUCUGGAAUGGGGCUUCUGUCCCAGUUAAACAUCUGUGUGACACUGGGGUAACUCUGUCCCUCUGUGGACUCUGGUUUCUCCAUGUAUACAUUGAGGGAUCAGGUCAAGGAUUGAAGGAUCCUUGAAAUUGUAUAAGAAGGCUGGGGUGUUCCCUGCCAAUCACAGUUGAUAUUAAUACAUUGGAGUGCCAUUCAGCCCUUAAGAAAAACAAGUGAACAGCAAGAUGGAAAUGACCAGCCACAGGACUGUACCAUCCUAUACCAACUGUACCAACCUAUAACCAGAGUGAAGUUAUAGUCUCAUGAGUUUGGCUGGUGGUGGGGGCGGGUGGCAAAUAGUAGAGCAUCAUUUGAACAUAUUACUGAACUUUAGUGCCAGCCAUAACAAUAAAGCAUUUUGCAAGC